AUGGGGUCUUUGCUCGGGUCCACCCUCUCAUCCUUCUCCUACUCAUUGUCUGCAUCAUCCACAUCAUCCGCCGCAGAUAGCAGCAAUACUCCAUCGCAAGACAACAUGGCUGCCAACCACCGUUCCAUCUACCAACGCGAGAUCCCAUCUUUGGUCUCGACCACCUCGCCUCCACCAUCCGCGCAAUCAGAUCUCACACCGUCCUCGUCCGCAACGAACAGCGCCAUCCUCUCGACCAACUUCCACGACUACAGCCUGAACCGCCUCGCCGCGUACAGACCCCUUCUGAAACCGGGGAUUUUCGUGACGGACAGGCCAGCGUGGUCACAGUCGCGCGCGCUGCUGCGCCGCAUUGUCUUCGCCAAGACUCAGAUCGCCGAUCUCUCGACCUUCGAGGGCCUGAUCACCGAUCUCUUGCUGCUGCUCCCCACCGAUGGUCAACCCAUCGACCUACAAGGGGUGUUUUUGGGGUAUGCGAUCGACUCAGCCACCGCCGUCCUGUUCGGGCGCUGGACACACACCCUCCGCCGACUCGGUUCUCCGGCCGCUGCUGGGGCCAAUCACCAAGAAAACGUGGAUUUCGCGGACGUCUUCAACGACGCCCAGGCGGCGAUCCGGACCCGGGAGCAGCUGGGAGCAUUGCGGGUAUUUCAUCGGGAUAAGCACGCCGUCACGUGUAUCCGCAUCUGCCACGAAUUCGUGGAGGGGGCAAUUGAGGAUGCAUUGCGCAGAGUCCCCGGCGGCACCCGUCCCAGUCACCACGCGGUGGGUGGUCCUGGAUACGGUGUUGCCGGUGGGCGGCGGGCCCAGCUGUUUGGACCCCGUGCUGGUGCGCAAGGGCACCAUGGUCGUGUACGAUAUCUACGCCAUGCAUCGGCGCGGCGAGAUCUACGGGUCAGAUGCGGCGGCGUUCCAGCCGGAGCAGUGGAAGGCCUGCAGCCCGGCGAGUGGGCGUUUCUGCCUUUAGGGGGCGGGCCGAGGGGCUGUUUGGGGCAGCAGCAUGCUUUAACGAAGUGGGUAUGCUUUGAACCUCGAUAUUACCAGCGCCCUUUUUCUCCCCGUAAUGUUGGAGGUCGUCUCAGCGGAUGUAAACACCACCAACGCCAUUCUUACUAUUACUACCAACGGUGUUGUUUCAAGCCAGAAUAA